AUGUACAGACAACUGUAUUUAUUGCAGUUAGUAUUAGUGAUUUACGUGGUGUUUUGUGGUGGGCAAGUUCUGCAAUUUGGAACAUGUCCCGAUGUGAAGACUAUGCAAUAUUUUGAUGUGGAAGAAUUUCUAGGCCAAUGGUAUGAAAUAGAGAGAUUCCCAAUCUGGUAUGAACAAUAUGGUGAUUGCGCAUACAAAAGGCUACAGUACUGUGGGCGACGCGUGGAAAUUGAACAUGUAUACGUCAGAGAAGGCGUGCAAUUUGUUUUGCAUCUGAAUACCACUUAUAUACCUGGACAUGAGGCUGUGUUUGAGAUACAUGAGAGCAAUAUUGAUCCGAUCGGGAUACCGUUUUCAGUGAUAUCGACUGAUUACAAGAAUUAUGCAGUUGUUUACGGGUGCAAAAACAACGAAUCACUUGGACUCAAGUACAUUUCAGCCUGGAUUCUUUCGCGGCAAUCCAGCCUAUCUGAAGAAUACUUAACCAUGGCAUACAGAGAUGUGAACUCCGUACCUUCUGUGAGCCAGAUAUACAUGGAGAAAGUCAACCAUAGUGCUUCAAGAUGCAAUUCACAUUGGACGGCGCACAUUCAACCGAUUUAUUUUAAUGAGGAUAGGCAGAAUUAA